UUUACCUUUGUUUUCUUUAAGCUUUGAAUCAAAGCUGUCCAACGUUGAACAAAAUUGUUUCACACACGAGAUCUCUACUCAGCCAUGAUUCUAUGAAGAAAAAAGCGCCCUAAGAACAAAAUAACUUUGUUCUUUGGGUCCCUCCAAAAAAGCGUCAAUUGCUAUAUUCAUCAAUGAUCCUUUAGACGGAGAAAUAAAAAUCGAUUACAUGUAGAGAGAGAUAUAGAAAAUGAGUGUUUCUCUUACUGUAAUGACCUUCAAUCUUCUUGAAGAUCAGCCAGAGGACAGUCCAGAUUCAUGGGAGAAAAGGAGAGAUUUGUGUCUAAGCGUUAUAACCAGUUAUUCCCCAAUGAUACUCUGUACCCAACAAGGUGUGAAGUCACAGCUAGAGUAUCUUCAGCAGGGCUUGCCAGGUUAUGAUCAAUUUGGAAUUUCAAGAAAAGGAUCUGAAGACACUUCAGAUGAACAUUGCACCAUCUUCUAUGACAAGGAGAAGGUGGAAUUGCUAGAAGGUGGAACAUUCUGGUUGUCGGAGUCGCCUUCAGUUCCUGGAAGUAUAUCAUGGGGGUCUGAAGUUCCAUGUAUUGCAACAUGGGCAACAUUCCAACUUAGAGGAGUUGAACCACCAGGUUUUUCAUUUCAGAUAGUAAAUACAAACUUGGAUCAAUUCAGCCCUCGUGCUCGCAGGCGAAGUGCUUUACUCACAUGGCAGCACAUUGCGUCCUUGCCUCCCAGCUUGGCGGUUGUAUACUGUGGAGGAUUUAACACUCAGAAGGAAUCAACUACAGGGCGUUUUCUUCUUGGGAGAUCAAGAGAGCAUGGAGUUGUUGGUGAUAUGAGGGAUGCAUGGCCAAAUGCUCGGGUGAGGAAAAAUGUUUCUCUUAUACGCACUUAUCACGGCUUCAAAGGUGACAAGCAGGGAGCCCUUGAAUUUCUCAAGUUGAUUUUCAGAGCUCUUUGCCUCUGCUGGGAUCGUCAAACUCAGGAUCUACAUGUGGACUGGAUUCUUUUUAGAGGCAGAUCCUUGAUUCCUGUUUCAUGUGAAGUGGUCAGUGACAACAUUGAUGGGCAUUAUCCAUCCUCUCACUAUCCAAUAUUUGCUGAGUUUAUGCUUCCUCGUAGCGUGAGAUUGGUUGAACCACCUAAUCAAGAUGGAAAUUGAACUCUUUAUUUUGACCCCACCCCUUUUUUCCAUAUAUUUUCUUGGUCAUUAGAUAUUAGUUCUUCAGAUCUGUCAAGCUGUUUCAAGUUUAAUUGUUUCCACUUUUUCAAUGAUUUCUUAUGAGAUAUAUCAUGGAGGCUCUCAAAAUGUCGAAAUGAAGGGUGUUGGUGCUUUGAAAACAGUGAUUUUUCUUUUGAAUGUAUCAAAAAUCACAUAACCUAUGCCGUAGUGAGUAGAUUUGUGAAGUUUUCCUCCUUGCAGUUGGAAAUUCAAACAACAAUUCAUUGGUGUGCCCCCAAAAAAAAAAUAUCUUUUGCAUUCAUGUAUUUAUGAAAUACUUUGUUUUUUAUUUGUUAUUUUCGGGGUUUGGUUCUAUCUUGUUGAAUCUAAAGCUAUUCUCAUUAA